AUGUUGCCGUAUCAAGUGGCAAUGGAUUACGGGGGAUUUCAACGUCAGAGCCCGGUGGGCGUCGGCGUGGCCGGUGCCCACCACCAAGGCACGGCCGGACCGCUCAACAUCAACCCCGCGUUCACGCACUCCUGGUUCGUACCGGCGGACCUCUGUGUCCCGUACAAACAGAGUCAGGGUCCUCUCCUCGAGCCAGGCGUUCUCGAGCUGCGAAAAGAAAAGAGCAGGGACGCAGCGAGGUCACGACGGGGCAAGGAGAACUUUGAGUUCUACGAGCUGGCAAAGAUGCUACCCCUGCCCCCAGCCAUAACAUCCCAGUUGGACAAGGCUUCGAUCAUAAGGCUCACGAUAUCGUAUCUCAAAUUACGGGACUUCUCAGGUCACGGCGAUCCUCCAUGGGGUCGCGACUUACCACCACCCAACAAAUCCGUCAAAGGUGCAAAUCGAGUCAGGUCACCAGCAUCGCUCGCGCUGGACAUGUUCGAGCAACACCAAGGCACCCACAUACUGCAGUCGCUUGACGGCUUCGCGAUGGCUGUCGCGGCUGACGGACGAUUCCUGUACAUUUCCGAGACGGUAUCCAUUUACCUCGGUCUCUCGCAGGUCGAAAUGACGGGCUCAAGCGUAUUCGACUACGUUCACCAGCACGACCAUGCAGAAGUUGCGGAUCAGCUUGGCCUCGGCUUGGCAAGCUCGUCCUCGUCGUCGGGGCCACACUCGUCGAGUUCGGGUCUAGCAUCACCGAGCAGUGGCGCCUCCGAGGAUCACGGGUCAUCGUCGACUGCCAAUCCAGACGUUUCGUCAGUGAUGUCAUUAACGGCCAGUGGAACGUACAAGGGCUUCGACCGAGCCUUUUGCGUGCGCAUGAAGUCAACGUUGACAAAGAGAGGCUGCCACUUCAAGUCUUCCGGCUACCGAGUCGUGCUGCUGCUCUGUCGACUGAGGCCGCAGUACACGUUCAGCCACACGAGGAAAUCAUCACCACCGCUCAUGGGGAUGGUCGGCCUAGCGAUAGCGCUUCCGCCACCAAGUGUACACGAAAUCAGGCUCGAGGCCGACAUGUUUGUCACGCGCAUCAGUUUCGAUUUCCGGAUAGCGCAUUGUGAACCAAAGGUAUCCGAGCUGUUGGACUACACAGCGGACGAGCUGACGGGGAAGAACCUGUACACCCUCUGCCACGGAGAGGACGCGAAUCGCCUUCGGAAAUCCCACAUGGAUCUGAUACACAAAGGGCAAGUAUUGACGCACUAUUAUCGACUUAUGAACAAAAGUGGCGGCUACACGUGGCUCCAGACUUGCGCGACGGUCGUUUGCAACUCGAAAAACGCCGAAGAACAGAAUAUUAUCUGCGUCAACUACGUCAUAAGUGGUCGCGAGUAUGCGAACUUGAUCAUGGACUGUUGCCAACUCGAGGACAGUGUGAUGGGCGUCAAGCGAGAAGACGCGGCUGGUAACGAUCCUGAAAACGGUUCGCCCGACGCUGACAGAGGAGAAGGCAGGAGCAGUGGAGGGCCCACACACCAACAUCCAGAGCACUCGCACCGAUCGCCUCACGACGACAGGGACGAGGCUCGGGGCUCCGAGACGGACAGAGGUGGUCGUCACCACGACAACAUUGUAGCCCAUCUACAGCAGCAGCCCCCAGAGCCCCAAACGCCGAAGCUGCAGCAGCGAGGGCGCAAGAGAAAAGUCGUGGCUGUGCCGGUGGCCCCUCCUGUGGUGGAGGACAGCAGCUCGAACGAGGACGACGACGACGAAGAGACGGGAAUGAAAAACGUGACGACCAACGGACGGAGUCACGCCCUUAGUCCCGCCUCGUCUAGUCAUUCAGUGCCCGCGAACGACCAGAUGCUGAGGACAGGCAGUCCAAAGGUACGUCGAACGGAUGAAUUGACCGAAGCGCACCAUGGUGGGACAACAAACACCGGAGGUGCAUCCGUGAAGGACCUCGAGCAAGCCAUGUCAAAGCACCUGCCCGGUGCCACUGGCCUGACAAAGCCCGACUCCCCAGUGAUCCACCAACCCACGGACUUUAGCACGGAUGCCCUCCUCAAGCAGCAGCAACAAAAGUCAACGAUCCAAUGGAUUGGCGCUCACCACCAUCUAGGCCAUCUGAGUCCCCAGCAGUCGUCCACCAGCCUACCAGCAUCGGCGCUGCUCAGGCAGCUAUACGCUAACCGCGAGAGCGUCAUCCGAGCCAACGUGCACGGAAUAACCUCAGGUAGCAAUGGACCACCCGGCAGAACACCCUCCGCCGGUGGCUACUACCCCGAGAACCCCCAGACUGGUCCCCUACCGACGCCACCUGGCUCCGAGGGCUCGUCAAACUACGGCGACCACCAGUUUGUAUUGUCGGCCCACAAUCAAAAGCUUGGCGCUGGAACCGACGCUUUCACGAACCUCGUGUCCUCGUACACGGCAACAGCUGGAUACGCGGUUGACUACCACUCGGCCAUGACCCCACCCUCGUCAGUCUCGCCUCGUGACAAGCAGCAACAGCAGCACCAACAUCAACACCAGCAGCAACAACAGCAACAACAGCAGCAACACCAGCAGCACCAGCAGCAGCAACAGCAGCAACAGUUGGGAAUUAACAGUUACGAGGCGUCGGUUUACGGGGAUCCAGUGCUGCGGCAUCAGUAUGAACCGGCCCAGCCGCUACCCCUGAAGCCACAGGUCUACUCCGCCGUGCACCCCAGCGCUCUGGAUGCGGCCGCGGCGUACGCUACGGCUAGCUUGGCCACCGAGCAGACGCAGUUCUACCAUCACCCGGCAGCCGGUCCAGGAUUCCACUUGUACCAUCCGGCCAACAAAACGGCCACCAACGGCUGGUACAGUUCCGCUUUCACGGUGAUAACGAUUCUUAAGUCUGAGCCAUCAUAUCCGAAAACGGUGAAUAAAAAUCUUGAGACCUUUAUUACGUACUUGCUAGUCGGAAAUCCAGACUACCGACUAGGAAGUGGGCCAAGAGAUGCUGAGAAGCUGAAAAAGCACAAAUUUUUUAAAUGUGUUAGCUUCGACUGGGAGAAACUAGUAAAGAGUGAGGUACCACCACCUAAGGUACCUCUGAUAAGCCAUGAGCUUGACACACAUAACUUCUGUGUGCAGAUCAACAACAUGAGCGUCCUCGGAUACAACUGCAAAAUUUUGAGGAAUACCUUCAGGGUUCGAAGACUUGCCAAGUACGAGAAGUACGUGGGAACUGAUGCGCGAAAUCUGGCGUCGGUCAAUGGUGACGCCAAGUCGCACAAAUCCCGGGUAUGGGGUCUCUUGCGAAGGUCUUCCUCCCCGAGUUCUCGCGUCUUUGGCGUAAAUCUGGCACGGCUCGACGAGAACGGCCUGCCAAAGCCGGUCCUUGUCAUGCUGCAGCAGCUCCUCGCCAAGGGCCCCUCCACCCAAGGCAUCUUCCGCAAGUCCGCCAACUUGAGGGUUGUCCGGGAGCUCAGGGAUCAGAUUGAGUCCUCGGGCGAUACCAGCUGCCUCGAGGAUGCGCCCGUCUUCGCAGUUGCCGCUCUACUCAAGGAUUUUCUAAGAUCCCUGCCCGACCCUCUUCUCACUUCCCACCUCUUUUCCCUGUGGAUGGCUAGUCUCGAGUCUCCGGACCCCAUCAAGACGAUCAAAAGCAUUUUAGACCGUCUACCGAGAGCAAAUUACCUGCUACUGUCGCACCUAAUCCACGUGCUGCACCACAUAGCCCGGCGCUCGGAGCACAACCUCAUGUGCGCGAGUAAUCUGGGCGUGUGCUGUGGACCGAGUUUGCUUUGGUCCGAGAGUCCUUCGGUCAACCAGAGCCGGGCGAUUCCUGCCCUCGCGGAGAUGCUCAUCCGGCAUUACGAGGUCCUGUUCGGCGAAGGGGUCGACCUGCUUUUUGGCGCCGAGCUUAACGACAGCGGAGCCGAGGACAGCACCAACAUUCUACACUCUUAUGGGAUUUCCCUGGACAACCUCCAUUUCACGGAACCUCCGUGCAAAGAUAACAUGUCCUUAUCGAGGGACUCUGGGCUGACGCUCUCAGACGGCAAGAUCUUUGGGCCCGAAUCGCUGGAGAGCUCCGAGGACUCGGCUGUCAAGCUCGAAAAAGCCGAGAACCCUAAGGAGGAGGUCUUGUACCGGUGGAGGAUCAUAAAAUUCACGGAGAUCAUAGUGGACUACAAGAGAUCGUCGCAGCAGGACGCCAGGCUGCGAAUAGGCAGCAAAAACAGUAGUAGAGGCAGUAGCAUAAUCGGUGACAAUGAGGAUGACGAGCACAAGCAAACGUGGCCGGAGACGCCGCCACCUCUGCCUCCCCGGCGCCGCCAAUCGAGCAAGAAUCAGAAUCCCUAUAUCGAGAUCGGUCAUGGCGUAGCAGCCUUCGUUGAGCCCCCAAGCUCAGUCCUUGAAGCACAUCUUUACUAUGAAGAGUCUAGGUUUUUAUUCAAGUACGAUCUCAAAAAAAGUGACCUCCUGGGCGAUGGUUCCUUCUCCGUGUACCGGCGUUGUAGAGAUCGAACUACGAACACUAGCUACACCGUCAAAAUACUGGCCAAACUCGACAACCUGUACAGGAAUGAGAUUGAUAUGCUAAGUACUUGUCAGGGUCACCCCAACGUAGUCAAAUUAAUUGAAGCGCUCGAUGAUAGCAAUUCUAGGACUGCUAAGACAUCGAUCUGCAAUUUAAAAAAGUUACACUCAAGAAGUUAA